CCAGGCCGGCGGCGCCUCCCGCUACCGCUGGACCAUCCCCAAGGAGCAGAUCUUCAGCGACAACAAGGUCAUCCCCUUCGACCAGCAGGUCUCCGAGUUCCUCUACAAGGGCGAGACCAAGAUGUUCUUCCUGGUGAAGAAGAAGCGUGAGGGCCCACUGUCCAUCACGGUGACGCCGUGCACCUCCAGCCUCCUCUGGUCGGUGGGCUACCGCAACGUCAGCAGUGACACCGAAAUGGGCGACCCCGAGCCGGAGCAGUCGCUGGGCGAGUACCGCGGCCGGCAGCUGCGCACGCUGCAGGUGCGGCCCGCGGCGCCCGGCCUGUACACGGUGCGCGUGGCGCCGCUCGAGGGCCAGUCGUACGUGAUGCUGUACGCCACGCAGCAGCCGGGCGGGCCCGGCCCGCUCUCCGUGCGCCACAAGCCGCGCCUCAAGCUGCAGCGCCGCCAGCGCCGCAAGGGACUCACCGUGCGCUGGGAGCCCAGCUCGGUGGACCCGCACCUGAUGCACUACUGCCUGGUGGUGAACCCGCGCCGCCACUACUCGACGCUGUGCGAGGCGCGCGGUGAGCGCUACGGCGUCGUCCCGCCAGACGCGCCGGAGCCGGCGGACGGCGCGCCCCUGGGCUUCAACUUCCCGCACGACGUCGCCGGCGCCACCAAGGCGUCGCUCGCCAGCAAGGCCGAGCGGCACAACGCCAGCCGCCUCGGCCGCGGCUCGGGCGCGGAGACGCACGAGGACAUAGUUGUGACGUGCGUGGGCCACAAGACGCAGUACACGCUGUGCCACCUGCAGCACGGCAAGGUGUACCACGUGAACCUGUUCGCCGUGAACAAGCGCACCAACCUGAGCUUCCCGUACGGCAGCACGACGCUCAAGUACGAGCAACGCGCCCGGCCGGUCGCGCUCAGGGACGGAAAGCGCGCCAGCGUGAACCUGAGACACCUCGACGGCCGCGCCUCCUUCAAGUUCAAGGUGGGGCGCAACCCGGGCCCGCAGCUGGUGGCGUACGUGAUGGCGUGCGGCGGGGGCUCGGUGGACGUGCGCAUGCGCGUGGACGGCCAACAGGCGGGCGGGCGCACCCGCGUCGACGGGUACGCGCGCCUCGAGCUGGGCCAGCCGCGCAAGGGACAGCGCUACACGCUGCAGGUGGCCGCGCCCCACCGAGAGGAGCUGCGCCGCGUGCACGCCGUCGAGGUCAAUUAA